UUCAUAUUUUCCUCGGCUGCCCUCUGCCUGGAAUUUGUAUUUGAACACAUUUUGCACCGUUCUAACGAAUAUAUUGGAUUUAUUUGAAACGGACUACAUGAAAUGCAAAAGUCAUUUUUGAACCGUUGCUUGAAUGCGUUGUGGAUACCAGAGAAGGACACCGUAUCAGUGCCAGAUAGGUAGACAGGGGCUUUCUGUUCCAAUGCAGAUGACCGAAUUCAAUGACUAAGUCCUUGUCUCCGGAAUAGAGCCUCAUCGCAGUUCCCAUUCUUGUUUCUGUGUGACAUAUUGGGCGAAUCUCGAUAUAUGAAACCUGUCGUCUGUCUGGAUGUAUGUCUUUAAGCACGGCCGUUCCUUUCUGCUGUCAACUCGGAUGAGAGUUCCUCGCUGGCGCCGCUUUAAAAAACCUAUUGCCGCCUCAGUCUGUCUUUCGUCCAGGGCACUGUCGAAUCCUUCAUUGUAAGAAGAGAGGCGCAAAGUUGGGCGCUGUACACCGGCCAUCUCGUGAUCGAUCCGACGAUUCUUGAAAUGAAAGGAUCUGGGAGAGGCAGAGGAAGGAGCGCAGCUAUGGAGGGUCUGCUCCUCUGUCUGGCACUGCUGGUCGGGUCGGUGUCCGCCAUGCUGUGUCCCAAGCGCUGCACCUGCCAGAACCUGCUGCCCUCCUACACCGUCCUCUGCGCCAAGACCGGCCUGCUCUUUGUGCCGCCCAACAUCGACCGCCGCACGGCCGAGCUCCGCCUGAUGGACAACUUCAUCACCACGCUGCGGCACCGGGACUUCGCCAACAUGUCCAGCCUCAUCCACCUCACACUCUCACGCAACACCAUCAGCCAGAUCCGGCCGUACGCCUUCGCCGACCUGCAGGACCUGCAUGCCCUGCACCUGGACAGCAACCGGCUGACGGUGCUGGAUGACACGCACUUCCAGGGCCUGGUCAACCUACGGCACCUGAUCCUCAGCAACAACCAGCUGCAGCGCAUCACCGAGGGAGCCUUCCAGGACUUCCUGGAGACACUGGAGGACCUGGACCUCUCCUACAACAACCUGGUGGACAUCCCCUGGGAGACAGUGGGCAUGCUGGUGAGCGUCAACACCCUCAGCCUGGACCACAACCUCAUCGAGUUCGUGCCCGAGGGCAUCUUCUCCAACCUGCACAAGCUGGCGCGCCUGGACAUGACGUCCAACAAGCUGAAGAAGAUCCCACCUGACCCGCUCUUCCUGCGCAUCCCCGUCUACGCCAAGAUGAAGGGCUCGCCGCUCACGGCGCUGGUGCUCAGCUUCGGCGGCAACCCGCUGCACUGCAACUGCGAGCUGGUGUGGCUCCGGCGGCUGACCCGCGAGGACGACCUGGAGACCUGCGCCUCGCCCCGCGAGCUCGCCGGCAAGUACUUCUGGACCAUCCGCGAGGAGGAGUUCGUCUGCGAGCCGCCCAUGAUCACGCGCCACACCUCCAAGAUGUUCGUGAUGGCAGGCCAGGAGGUGAGCCUGCGCUGCAAGUCGGUGGGCGAUCCCGAGCCCUCCACGCACUGGGUGAGCCCUGACGGCAAGCUGAUCGGCAACACCUCGCGCACCGUCUGCUACGAGAACGGCUCGCUGGACAUCCUCACCACCACCGUCAAGGACUCGGGCGUCUUCACCUGCAUCGCCUCCAACGCGGCCGGCGAGGCCACCGCCCCCGUGGAGCUGGUGGUCAACCCCUCGCCCCACUACGACCCCAAGUUGGAGCCCGAGCCGGGCCCAUCCGACAUCCCCACCUCCAUCAAGUCCAACGCCAGCGGCGGCCACCCCCGCCUGGACCAGCAGCGCGUCAGCGUGUCCGAGCUCACCUCGUCCUCGGCCACCAUCCACUGGCCGCCGCAGAACCAUAUCCCGGGGGUGCGCAUGUACCAGAUCCAGUACAACAGCUCCACAGACGACAUCCUCAUCUACAGGAUGAUCCCAGCGUCGCACAAGCUCUUCCUGCUGAGCGACCUGGCCUCCUCUCGGGACUACGACCUGUGCGUGCUGGCAGUGUACGACGACGGCAUCACCGCGCUCACCGCCACCCGCCUGGUGGGCUGCGUGGCCUUCACCACCGAUCGCGAGUACCGCCAGUGCCGUUCCAUCCACGACCAGUUCCUGGGCGGCACCAUGAUCAUCAUCAUCGGCGGCAUCAUUGUGGCCUCCGUGCUGGUCUUCAUCUUCAUCCUCCUCAUGAAGUACAAGCUGCACAACAACCACUACAAGCAGAAGGCGGCCCGCGUCAGCAACAUGUGCUCCCAGACUAACGGGAGCCAGGGCACGGGGGCCCCACCCCCACCGCCACCUUCCUCCGCCAGCUCGGCCGGCAAGUCCCUCCCACCACCAGGGGGUGACAGGGUGCCACACGAGCAGGCCCAGGUGCAGGAGGGCUAUGGAAGCCCCCUCAGAGGGACCACCGUGGUGGACUUGAACCCAGAGUACAGGAAGACGGCCACGGAUGAGGACACCAUAUCACAAUAACACAGGGACCUCCUUGCUUUUUAUUUCUGGAGCUCAGGUCCCUCUGCCUUACUGAGGAUUAUCUGGUGUCCAAGGCACAGACCUCGUUUCAAGAGUGGAAGCCUAAAGAGACUGAAUGAAUGGGAUUGAAGAUUUAAAAAAAAAAAAAAACACUGGGAUCUAAGCUCAGUACAUGGAAUAGCUGCGUUCAAUCCUUAUGCAAUUCAAUUCAGGAACCUUGGAUAUAACACAUCUUGAAAGUAUGGAGGGGUGGCCAAAGGAAACCAAAAACAACCACUGUCGGGAAAGCGGUAUGAGCCUGUCGCAGAGAAAACUGCAGUAGAAACAAGCCUCGCUAUCCGGGAAUAAUGGCUGUGUACACGUUUUCUCAGUUGUCGACACUUGCGGAACACAGGAUGGUUUUGAUGACCUGUUAUUGGUUUCUUCAUGAAAGCGCCGUCACUUGGUGCUGACAUGCCAAAGGAAUACAAUGAAGGAGGUCAGUCAAUUCAUUUCAGCUUGGAGGACGUAAAAAACGCAAGCACACCUGAGCAGUUGUGAAGCACCGGUGUUGAAAUAUUGUACAGAGUGAACUCUAGGGCACUUUAUAAUCUGUUCUUUUCUCUCUGUCUUUCUCUCUUUGGAUAACUAAAUACUAUGCUCACAAAUGUUGUGAUGGAAAAAUUCAUAAUUGUGGGGAAAAAAAAACUGGACUAUUUUAUACUGGAUUUACAAAUGUGGCGUUUGUCUCAAAUUGUGUCUUCAACAUGAUUAUAAGAAAAUAGCCUACCAGAAUUUGGUUUGACGAAGCGAACUCUUUGAGCUCAAAUACUCGUUCCCAAAAAGCUAGCAGUAUUCUGUUACUGAACUUAAGCUAAAUGGUCAGAAAGACAUGCUGGUUGUCGUUUUGCAUUGUCGUUUUUUUUUUUUUUUUUUUUCAAUUU